UCGUAGUAAGAUAGUGAAUCUCAUUUCAACGGUUAUAAGAAUGCAGAAUCCUAAAUUGUGUUGUACGUUUGACUAGCAUACGAAAAGCUCCAUAUUCGGUCAAAACGUACAACAUAUUUCAGCAAUUCAAAGAAGUCUGCAAUCGGAUUUCACCAGAAAAUAUUAAAUGCUAUUAGCCGAUAUUUUUAUGCGCAUAACUCUCUCUGUCUCUCUCCCGCUGAGAAUUCAUACACUCUGAAGGUUCACCGAUCCAUCUUUGUGCAGUUACAGAUAAAAAAGAAAUACUUUCAGAAAGAUCCAGAUUUCAAUAAGACAUUGCAAUGAAGAAUAACGAGCGCCUGGCUAAUUUGGCCCUGGCAGGGUUGACACUGGCACCCCUUGUUGUGAACGUAGACCCAAAUCUAAAUGUCAUUUUAACGGCAUGUCUCACGGUGUAUGUUGGUUGCUAUCGUUCUGUUAAGGAAACCCCACCAUCGGAGACAAUGUCCAAGGAACAUGCAAUGCGUUUCCCAUUGGUGGGCAGUGCAAUGUUGUUGUCACUGUUUUUGCUUUUCAAGUUUCUAUCGAAAGAUUUGGUCAAUACUGUCUUGACGGCCUAUUUUAUAGUUCUUGGUAUCGUUGCUCUUUCGGCAACGUUAUUACCUGCAAUCAAAAGAUUUCUUCCCAAACCGUGGAAUGAUAAUGUCAUUGUUUGGCGUUUCCCAUAUAUCCGGUCAUUGGAGUUUGAGUUCACAAAAUCACAGAUAAUAGCAGCAAUUCCUGGAACCUUCUUUUGUGCAUGGUAUGCUUCGAAGAAGCAUUGGCUGGCUAACAAUACUUUGGGCCUUGCUUUCUGCAUUCAGGGAAUUGAAAUGCUUUCGCUUGGCUCAUUCAAGACCGGCGCUAUUCUGUUGUUGAUGUGNCUCUUCCUAUACGACAUAUUUUGGGUCUUUUUUACCCCUGUGAUGGUCAGCGUUGCUAAAUCCUUUGAUGCCCCCAUAAAGCUUUUAUUCCCAACAUCCAAUUCAGCACGCCCGUUUUCUAUGUUGGGUCUUGGUGAUAUAGUUAUUCCUGGCAUUUUUGUGGCAUUGGCACUGAGAUUUGAUGUUUCAAGAGGUACCGAGAUCAAAUAUUUUAGAAGCGCUUUUGCAGGAUAUGCUGUUGGGGUAGUCCUAACAAUUAUUGUUAUGAACUGGUUUCAAGCUGCACAGCCUGCACUGCUGUAUAUUGUGCCUGCUGUUAUUGGAUUUCUGGCUGCCCAUUGCAUUUGGAAUGGGGAUGUCAAAGCUCUGUUGGAGUUUGACGAGUCAAAAACAGCUUCGUCCGAAGAAACUAAUGCGGACCCGAACAAGAAAGAAGAGUAAUACUUGAUUGGUAACAACAUGUGCAAGUUUUAUAGGAAACUAACUUAUGCAACACAGAUGACCAAAACAGAUCUUGUCGAGUAGCAAAAAGAUAAUUUGUUCCCUGACAUAUUGCUGCGAUUUUCUGAGUGUUAAUCUGUAGUUUCAGAUCCUAGUUACAUAAAUUUUGCUUGCCUACCUUCUAUCUGUCCCGGCUAUUGAUCUUUAAAUUUUUCUUGUUUCUUCCUGUCCGAAUUUAUAUUGUAUUUGGUGGUUCUGUUUGUAAACUCGGCCCUGAUUGGUUCAUAAAUACUUCAUACUUUACC